ACGCGCGGAGCGCUGUCUGAUUUCUGAACAAGUAGUUGAACAUUCAAGAUGACUGGUCGCGGCAAGGGAGGCAAAGGUCUGGGGAAAGGUGGAGCGAAACGCCACAGGAAGGUGCUGCGUGAUAACAUCCAGGGUAUCACGAAACCCGCGAUCCGUCGUUUGGCGCGCAGGGGUGGAGUGAAACGUAUAUCCGGUCUCAUCUACGAGGAGACCCGGGGCGUUCUCAAGGUGUUCCUCGAGAACGUGAUCCGCGACGCCGUCACGUACACCGAGCACGCGAAGAGGAAGACUGUCACCGCCAUGGAUGUCGUGUACGCCCUGAAGAGACAGGGACGCACCCUCUACGGAUUCGGUGGCUAGUCGCGCAAUCGCGCUGAUUGUUUGUUAACGUGACGUGACGACAAACAAAUUAAAAAGGCCCUUUUCAGGGCCGCA